AUGGCGCAAUUGUUGUCAGUGAAUAAGUCAACGUGUGUGGCCGCCGUUGGAAGUGGGAAAACAACCAUUGACAAUAGUCAACUGCAAUUCCCCGUAACUACUGAAGAAGAAUUCACCCAACUAGAGGCGUCACUUAAAAAUCCCAAAUUUAAAGAAUCAUUCAUGAUGAAAAUGGUGGAAAAAUUAUCUUUCAAUCCGGAGUCUUCGUUGAGAGCGAUGAUAAAUUAUGUUAUGGAUCCUAAGCUGUCAAGUCGUUUUACAGCAUUUGGAACUCCAAAGAAAUUGGCUCUCACGAAAUGCACCUUUUAUGCAGUUAUAACGUCCGUCAUUGUCAGCAAGUUCGUUUCGGCUACAGUUUCUGAUGACGACGUUAAGAAAAUUCUGAAAAAUACUGUAAAGGCAUACUUCCAUGAUAUACGUGAUCGCGUAGACAAAAGGGAUAGCCGGCGAAGAGUUGCAGUUGACAAGAAGAAAAGUGAUCAGAGGAUCUCUCCUGACACUUCAAUGGAUCUACUUGACGAUGGGGACAAUUAGAACAAGUGCAAUGAGAUAUUGAAUAACAAGGCUAUCAUUCCAAUUGUGUGUAUUCAUCGCAACCGAAACUGUUCAUUAAUCCUAAAGAAUUGAUUUACCGAAAUCUUGUAAACUGUUUUCCUUUAACUCCAACAAUUCAAAUAUAAUUUUGUCCUGUAAAAAACCUUGAUUUGACUUUUGAGUUGUUUAACGUAAUCAAUACAAAGCUGUAGUAAAUGAGUUAUAGGGGGGAAAUUUACCAGGUUAACGGUGGAAUAUUCGUUGAAAAGGGAGACAAAUUAAGGUGGUAAUAUUCGAUUAAGGAAUAGAGAAAUUCCGGGGACAGUAUAAGGAAAUAAUGCGAUUUUUGGGGUCGGAAUGGCGUAAUCUUGGCGACUAAAUGGGGGAACUAUGCGAAUUCCGAGUGCAGAUUGGCGAAACAGUGGGGACAGAAUGGGGUAAUUGUGGGGAC